CAUGAAUCUUUCUGUGUUUCUUGUGGGGUUGUGCAUGGUUGUGUGUCCAGGGGAGAACGAGUGUGAGAUCAGUGUUGUGGUUUGGCAAAAAUUAGCUGCGUGGUCGUUUGGGGGGGUAGGGGAUGUUCUGAGAAAAUCUGAGAGCACGAGUGUCUCAUGUGUGUGAACGGUUGUGAUGUGGGAGUAAAGACUCAGAGUUCAGAUUCUCAGCAGAUGCUCAGAAAUGAAGUGUUCCUCCAGACUCCUGUGUGGGUUCCUCAUGUCAUGGCUUUGUUUCAGAGUCACAGGUUCAAGUGAGGAGCUGACUGUGAAUCAGAGCCCAUCUAACAUCACUGUGAAUGAGGGAGAUUCUGCUCAAAUCUCCUGCUGCUGGAAGACAAUAAACGAGCAUAGUGUUAAAGUUGUUUGGUACAUCAAUGAGACUAGACUUUCAGGAGUAAAGGAUAAACUCCAAGAGCAUCAAACACAGAACUGUUCAACGCUCCACCUCACAAACAUACUUAAAAAUCAUACAGGUCAUUAUGUUUGUGAAGUGACUCAAGACAUUCCAGUCCUACUUAAGGUAAAUGGAACUGGAACAGAUAUAUCUGUCAGGGUCAGACAACUACAAAAGACAACGACUGGUCCUCCCUUGCCUCAAACAACCCAGACUACAGAGAGUACAUCCACAAACCUGCCAUCAGAUCCCAUCCUGCCGCUGUCCCUGGCCGCUGCCAUCGUCCUGGUGACCCUCUGCUUGACCUUCAGUCUCUGCAAGAUGAGGAACUCCUGUAAAACAUCAGAACGAGUGGUGAUCCGCCAGACGCCACACAGUGAGGGUGAGGAGCAUGAGCACAUGGAGGAGGAGGACGGCAGCACAGGCUCCUCUCGAGGAUCUCUCCAAUGGUAUCAAGUACCAGUUUACUGGUCUUACUUUGAUCUACAGAGGGGAGCAGAAGACAAAUGACCACCAGAAAGGAAAGACAAACGUGAUGUUCAUUGGACUGCAAUUAGCAUUUUUCUUUCUUGCGUGCGAAUGUCUUUGUAAAUAGCAGAAACUGUUUUAAUCUUCAGAUACAGUGGAAACCCCUUGAGCUCUUGAUCGCGGUAUCAGAUGUUAAUCUCUCUGUUUGCAGCAGCUCCACUGAUAAGAGUGUUUUGUUCUUAUUUCUACUUAUUUGUCUUAGUCUUUUUGGUUCUCUGAAAAAGAUGUUGCAAACUGACACGGAUAACUACUUGGAUAUGUUCAUGCCCAAACUGAUGCAAUUCAAACAUGUAUAUAUAUAUAUUAGUGCACACCGUGUCUAACCGUGAAAAGUUCGAGUGUUAUGCUGUACAGAUGUCGGCUACACCUCUCAGCCUUCUUAGAAAUGUUUCUA